AUGUUCUCUCCAGGUCUUGAUGGCAUAAAUUAUGAAAUACUGAAGCAUCUGUCCUAUAAGUCACUGAUCUUCCACACGCUUUACAAUAGAGUGUGGAAGGAGCGUACUUUUCCCAAUGCAUGGAGAAGAGCUGUUGUAAUUCCUAUUGCUAAGCCAGGAAAAGAUCCGAGGAAUCCCUCCAACUAUCGACCAAUUGCCCUUACUAUUGCAUAUGCAAGCUGUUUGAAAAAAUGGCAGCAAGUGCUUUUAUCUCAUGAAGAUGAGUAUGAAAAUUUUUUCGCUUCUUUUGCUGCACUUUCAGCCCACUUCAUCAUCAGCAAUUCAUUUCAUAUACCCAAAAGUCAAGUUGGUAGUGCAGCACAAGCUUGCAAAAUACUGUUGCAGUAUUUCCUACAGAAACUGCAGCAUUUGUCAGAACAGUGUUGCAUAUCACAGAAACAAAUUGUAUCAAUUGUAUAUGGAUUAUGCAAUAACCACAAGACUCAAGUGUUAUCACGUUCUGAAAUUAUUAUGCUGACACUUGUUUUAAAAUCUGCAAAAGACCCACUAGCAUUUGCUAUUAGGGGCAAUGAAUUUCAAGAUGGACAAGAUGAUGUCAAAGAACCAAAACGACCACGAUUAGAUCCAAGUGCUAGCAUUCUUGAACAGUUGAUGACACCCAUGUUAGAUACUCAGAAUGUGCAGAAACAAGAAGGUCCUCUUGAAGUAGUUGACAAAGAUGGCGACACUACAAUCAUUCAUAUUCCUGAUCCUGGUCAAGAAUCAAAGACCAUGCUUUUGACUAAAAAUAAAUUGACUCUGCAGUUAUUAAGUGGAGUAGAUGUGCUGUUGGAUAUGAGUUUGUCACUUCAUACAAUUAGUCAAUAUACAAGUAAACUUCAAGAUUCUCUUUCUGGCAAAGGCUUACUUUUCCCUUCAUGUACCACGAGUGCUGUAAGACUGAGUAAUUCGUACAAAGCUUUAGCAAGUGAUAUUCAGAUCAUAAGCAAAGCUUUAAGUCUACCUGUUUUAGAGCCACUUACAGAAGACAGGAUUUCCAAGCUGAUGAAGAUUAUGCUUAGUUGUAUAUAUGCUUCAAUAUCAGUAGCAACAGCCAACAGUAUUUUGGGUCUUUCAAGUAGCCCUCAACUUAAAAGCUCUAAUGCAAAAGAUGAUGAAAAUGAAACAUCUGCUGUCAGUAUAGUUGAAACUAGUGUAAGUACACAUGCACACACACAUUAAAAAAAGUCUAUAUAUUUCAUAUUAUAUUUAAGGUCUGUUUUAAUCACUUACAAGCUUGUGAUUCAAAAAAUGUAUAUUCAUAUAUAUUUUUUGUUCUAAAGUUUUAUUAUAUUAUUCUAAAGUUUAUAUAAAUCAUAUAUAUAUAUUUUGAAUAUAUGAUUCAUAUAAAACUUUAGAAUGUAGUAUGUAUAUUUGACAAAAUUCAGAAUGUAGUAUACACAUAUAU